GCUGUAGUCCGCCUUUUCACGUGGGCGCCCGUCGUCAUGGCGGCCGUGCGGAAGCCGGUGCUGCUCGGCCUUCGAGACGUUGCAGUGCGUGGCCGCCCCACAGGGCCCGGCGCCUGGACUGCCAGCAAGCUGGGCGGUCUUCCGGACGCCCUGCCCGCCGUAGCGGCGCCCAGGCCGGUGUGUGACCGUUGCAGGCAGCCGCUCGCCCUGGUCGUGCAGGUGUACUGCCCGCUGGAAGGCUCCCCGUUUCAUCGGCUCCUGCACGUGUUCGCCUGCCCCCGCCCCAGGUGCGGCAGCGGCGGGGCGCGCAGCUGGAAGGUGUUCCGCUCGCAGUGCCUGCAGGUGCGAGAGGAGGAGGCGCAGGACGCUCAGAAACAGGACAGUGGCCUGACAGCUGAGGAUUGGUGUGAAGGUGCUGAUGACUGGGGAAGUGACAGUGAGGAGGCGCCUCCACCACAGCUUCCCUUGGAUUUUGGAAAUGAUUCCAGCAGUGCCAAAGACAUAGACUGCACUGCCCAGCUCCAAGACCUCUGCUUGCAGGAUACUGUCCCAGGUGCUGCUCCUCCUGCACCUCCUGCGGAAGGAAUGGCUUUGCCUUCUGUGGUGCCACAGUUCCUGCCCUACUACAUCUCUGUCGUCAAUGAGGAUGAUUACAGGGACUUUGUCAGUCUAGAUCAUGCUCAUAGCCUUCUGAGGGAGUAUCAACAGAGAGAAGGAAUUGAUAUGGAGCAGUUGCUUUCCCAAAGUCUUCCUAGUGAUGGUGAUGAAAAAUAUGAGACGACCAUAAUUAAAAGUGGAGAUAAGAUAUUUUACAAAUUCAUGAAGAGAAUUGCUGCUUGUCAGGAGCAGAUUUUAAGGUAUUCCUGGAGUGGAGAACCACUUUUUUUGACCUGCCCUACAUCAGAAGUCACUGAGCUCCCGGCCUGCAGCCACUGUGGAGUCCGAAGAACGUUUGAGUUUCAGCUUAUGCCAGCACUGGUCAGCAUGCUCAGAAAUGCUAAUUUAGGUUUUUCUGUGGAAUUUGGAACAAUUUUAAUUUACACGUGUGAGAAGAGUUGCUGGCCUCAAAAUCAACAGACUCCCAUGGAAGAAUUUUGUAUUAUACAGGAAGACCCAGAUGAAUUAUUAUUUAAGUAGUGCAUUUCCUUUUAUUUGGAUAAAUUAAAACAAAUUUUAAUGUCCA